AUGGCAUUGCUUCUGUAUAGUUUUCCUUGGUUGUGUGGAGCGUAUGGGCUGGUUGGUCGAAACAAAAAGAUCCCUCGUCCACAUUUGUACCUCACAGUUAAAGGAGGAGUGAAGAGAUCGUUUGUACGAUGUGACCUUGAAGAGAAGUUCAAGUGAGACGACGCUAAGGAACACUUUGAACUCCUUCGAGAACCUGAAAGGAAACCAAAAAUUAAAUAUUUGGGUCUCCUUUUAAGUAAAUUGAGAUGUAAAUCAUCUUCUGUCUUACCGCCACCUGGUGGUGGUAUAUUAGCUUGCAGUAACCCCAGUUAUACCAAUCAAAACCCUUUACGAGUGCCUGAAGAGAACGAGAAAGUUGAUGUAUCUCAUGUCCAGGGAACUGGGACUUUAACCAUGUUUUGCGGCCUCAAUGGACAACAUUAUGCACUCACCUGCUUUCAUGUUGGUUGUGCAACUGAUGAAAACCGUUCAAACGCCGCAUUCAAUAAAGUAGAAGAUGUUCAGAAGAUGUUCAGAAGAUGCGCAAUUCACUUGAUUCACAAUUCACAAUACAGAGAACGACAAUGA